AUGCCCCGACCGUGCAGGAGCGCGUACGGCGAGCACAAGCCCCCCUACUCGUACAUCAGCCUGACGGCCAUGGCCAUCCAAAGCAGCCCGGAGAAGAUGCUCCCGCUGAGCGCCAUCUACAAGUUCAUCAUGGACCACUUCCCCUUCUACCGCAGCAACACCAGGCGGUGGCAGAACUCCUUGCGUCACAACCUGUCCUUCAACGACUGCUUCGUCAAGAUGCCUCGCAGGGCAGAGCAGCCCGGCAAGGGCGGCCUGUGGGCGCUGCACCCCCUCUGCGGGGACAUGUUCCACAACGGCAGCUUCCUGCGCCGCCGGAAGCGCUUCAAAGCGGCCCAGCCCGUCGUAGCCGUGCGCGCGCAGCCGCCCUUCAAGCACCCCUUCGCCAUCGAGAGCCUCAUCCGGACACCUGAGCCCGGGCGCGCCCCCGCACCCCCGCCGCCACCGCUCCCUGACUGGCCACCCCGCGUGCCCGCCACCCCUGCGACGCCCGCGAGCUUUCUCCUUCCACGGUCUCACUCCGGUCACGUGCUUCCCGCCGUCCCGGUGCCCGUUAAAGCGACGCACGGGCUGCUGCAUGUCCCCGCUUUCCUGGGGGGCGGUCCCCCGCAGCCCCCUUUCAGCCGAGGCGGCCCCCCUCUGUGCACGCUGCAGGUGGACGUGCACUAA